GUCUAAAGAUGUCAGCACCGCUCGGGCCACCGGGCGGGCCUGCCGCUCCGGUAACCGGUCAAGGCGAGCCGGACCUACCGGACCUAAGCCAUCUAACGGAGGAGGAACGGAAAAUCAUCCUCUCUGUCAUGGAUAGACAGAAGAAAGAGGAGGAGAAGGAACAGACCAUGCUAAAGAAGUUACAUCAGCAGUUUGAGAUGUACAAGGACCAGGUGAAGAAGAUCGGGGAUGAGGCCCCGCCCACCCCGGGGCCGAAGGGGGACUCUCCUAUCUGUGGAAUCUGCCACAAGACCAAGUUCGCCAACGGAUGCGGUCAAGUCUGUUCUUAUUGCCAAACCAAGUUCUGCGCGCGGUGUGGGGGGCGGGUGUCCCUGCGGUCCAAUAAGGUCAUGUGGGUGUGCAACGUCUGUCGGAAGAAGCAGGAGAUCCUGACCAAGUCGGGGGCGUGGUUCUACGGCUCAGCCCCGCGACUGGGUGGUGCUGAGGGCCCACCGGGGGUCUCCCCAGCCAGGCUGCAGGGGCCGGGGGGGGCCACAGGCUCCCCACUCAGGAACGGAGCCACCCUGAGGAACUCUGGGACACAGGACGGCCCGGCCGACAGGAGGAGGAGCCCAUCAGGUUCCAGGGAUCCCAGCCACGCCUACAACCAGCGGGACUAUGCCCCAGACGACUCCGGGAUGCCUGUCUCCCCCGACUAUCAACGCGACCCCCGCCACUCCCCCAGGGUUUCCCACGGUUACCGGGAGGGUGGCGGAGGCGGCGGGGGGCGGGCGAGGGCGGGCUACCGGGACGGGCGCGGCCGCUGGCGUUCCCAGGAUCCCCUGGAGCAGGAAGUGGAUGAGGCGGAGGCGCAGCGACGGCGCCAGGAGGAGUACCAGAGCCGUUAUCGCUCCGACCCCAACCUGGCGCGCUGCCCCGUGAAGCCCCAGCCCUACGAGGAGCAGAUGCGCAUGCACGCACAGGUGGGCCGGGCGCGCCACGAGCGUCGCCAUAGCGACGUGUCGCUGGCGUACACCGAGCUGGAUCACCUCCAAGGCCACGGCCCCUCCGGGCCCCAGCCCCAGCCGCUGUUGGCCGGUCAGCGGUCGUACUCGGUGGACCGGACCAAUCACAGCCCUCCGUCGCCUCGCCGGAGCCCUGUGUUGGGGGAGGGGCGUUCUACCCAGAAUCCUCAGGGGCAGCAGCAUCUGGACCCUAGCUCUGCCCUCCACAGGACUACAGAUGGAAUGGGGAGGAAUGAUUCGCUCAGCACCGACCAAUCGGGGUUGAGGCCCCACCCCCAGAGGGGGAAGCGCAUGGGGAGGCUGCAUGUGAUUGGCAGCUUCAGCAGCUCGGAGGAGGAGCUCGCCACCACGCCAGAGUACACCAGCUGUGAGGAUGCCGAGAUGGAGAGUGACAGUCAGGGGGCAGACAGGGAACCCCGUGGUCAGCAGGCCCUCCUGCUGGAGUCCUCCGACUCCCUGGCAGACAGGCUCAGGAGGAUGGUGGGGCUGGGGGGGCGCUCGUUUGACGAGGACCCGGAGUGGUGCGAGCCACAGGUCAAAGACUCGGGCGUGGACACAUGCAGUAGCACCACACUAAACGAGGAGCUUAGCCAUAGUGACAAGCACCCGGUGUCAUGGCAACCGUCUAAAGAUGGCGAGCGUCUGAUUGGACGGAUCCUGCUGAACAAGCGGAUGAAAGACGGCACCAUUCCCCAGGAUACCGGAGCGCUGCUGGGUCUCAAGGUGGUGGGGGGGAAGAUGACUGAGUCGGGUCGCCUCUGUGCCUUCAUCACCAAGGUGAAGAGAGGGAGUCUGGCGGACACUGUAGGACACCUGCGGCCAGGGGACCAGGUGUUGGAGUGGAACGGCCGUGUUCUCCAGGGCGCCACGUUUAAGGAGGUCUACAACAUCAUCCUGGACUCCAAACCCGAGCCCCAGGUGGAGCUGGUGGUGUCUCGGCAUAUAGGAGACGUCUCCCGAAUGCCAGAUAGCAGUCACGGACAGCUUGAAUCAAGCUCCAGUUCCUUUGAGUCUCAGAAGAUGGGGCCCUCUAUAUCGGUCACGUCCCCCAUGAGCCCUGGGAUGCUGCGGGAGCCCCCCCAGUUCAUGUCUGGACAGGUCUCGGUCAAGCUGUGGUACGACAAGGUGGGUCACCAGCUGAUCGUCACCAUCCUGGGAGCCAAGGACCUGCCUGCCCGGGAGGACGGACGCCCCCUCAACCCCUACGUCAAGAUCUACUUCCUCCCAGACAGAAGUGACAAGAGCAAGCGGAGGACCAAGACGGUGAAGAAGUCGGUGGAGCCCAAGUGGAACCAGACGUUCAUGUACAUGCCGGUUCACCGCAGGGAGUUCAGGGAGCGCAUGCUGGAGAUCACCCUCUGGGACCAGGCCAGGGUCCGCGAGGAGGAGAGCGACUUCCUGGGGGAGAUCCUGAUUGAGCUGGAGACAGCCCUGCUGGAUGACCAGGCUCACUGGUACAAGCUGCUGACCCACGACGUGUCGUCCCUCCCUCUGCCCUCCUCCUCCCCCUACCUGCAGAGACGCCUGCUGCCUGGAGAAAGCCCCACACGCAGGCUGCAGAACAAGGGUCCAUUCUAUAACUCAGGAUCUCAGAGGAUCAGUGACAUCGAGUUCUCUGAUUUUGACUGUGAAGAUGGCAUUGGAGUUAUAUCAGACUACCGACACAAUGGGCGGGACUUCCAAAGCUCCACCCUAUCGGUUCCAGAACAGGUGAUGGCCUCCAAUCACAUGGCCCGCGCGCGCUCUCGCUCACCCAGCGUGCCUCCGCCUCAGAGUCGGAGUUUGGACCACGGUGUACGAGGGGGACCGUCCCUGUACGGUUCUGGUCGUAUGGACCGCCAGCGGUUAUCUGAGGACCGCUACUCACCGGACAGGUACAGCCGUGGCAUGGACAGGCGUGGCUUCUAUCACAGGUCGCGGUCCGCUGACCAGCGGGCCAUGGUGGAUCACCCCGUCUACACACGCUCGCGCUCCACAGAACGAGCCGACUCCGCCUACAUGAGGUCAAUGCCGUCCCUCCCCUCCGGAAGAUCCGCCCCUCCCUCACCCGCCUUGACGAGGUCCAACCCCCGAAGUGGGUCAGUCCAAACCAGCCCCUGCAGCACGCCGGUAUGCGGGCGCAGAGGACGGCAGCUACCAAUCGUCCCUCCAAAGGGGCCGCUGGACAGAAAUGGUGAAGAGAUGAUUGAGCCUUACCAAGAGCCUGACAAGCGACAAGGCACACCAGUGAAUGGAAGAAAAGAGGUGACGUGGGAGGACCAACAGAAGAAGGCCAAUGGUAUGCUGCCAUCUAGCCCCGCCCCCCCAGAGCCAGGUAGCCCCACCCCCUCCCAGCCAGCAGAGGAGACGUCGCCCCAGAACGGAGAAGAAGCAGGUGCCAUGAAGGAUCCCUCCAAGGUGAAAGCCCCGGACAACCUGUCCUUCAAGUCGUCAGACAGUGAUGUCAGUGACGUGUCGGCCAUGUCGAGCGCGUCGCGUCUAAGCAGCACCAGCCACAUGUCCGUCCAAUCAGAGAGGACCAAGGGCACACGCAAGAUCAGGCCCGCAAAUGCGCCUGGCGCCAACCUUACCAAGAGCUCCAGCGUGGGCGGAGAGAUCUGCUCGCUGGGACGCCGGGACGACGACGACGACGACGACAAGAAGAGACGCUCCAGCUUCGGGGCCAAGAUGGCCGCCAUGGUGGGACUGGGGAAGAAGAGUCAGAGUGCCUCCCAGCUCAACCCUGAGGAGGAGGAAGGGAAGAAGAAGGUGAUCCGCCUGCCCAUCCAGAGGAGCGUGGAGACGGGUCUGGCCAUCGAGUUCAAGAGCAGGAUGACCCGGCAGCCCAGCAGGGAGACUGACCCCGAGGCAGAGGCCAAGCCUGGAAACCUUAUCUUCCCAGGGGUGAGGAUCGCUGCCGAUAAACAGUUCACCGGCUUCCUGGAGGGAUUAGGCCCCGCCCAGCUGGCGGGGAGACAGACUCUGGCCACGCCCCCCAUGGGUGAUAUCCAGAUCGGCAUGGUGUUCAGGAAGGAGCGUCUGGAUGUGGAGGUGAUCCGUGCUCGGGGCCUGGUGGGUAAACAGGGCAACAAGCAGACGCCCGCUCCGUACGUCAAGGUGUACCUGAUGGACAACGGCAAGUGCAUCGUGAAGAAGAAGACCAGGCUGGCCAGGAAGACCCUGGACCCCCUCUACCAGCAGCAGCUGCAGUUUGAGGAGAACCCCGAGGGCAAGGUCCUGCAGAUCAUCGUCUGGGGCGACUACGGACGCAUGGACCACAAAUCCUUCAUGGGAGCUGCUCAGAUCCUAUUGGACGAUCUGGACUUGUCCAACAUGGUGAUUGGCUGGUUCAAACUCUUUCCUCCCACCUCGUUGGUAGACCCGACCUUGGCACCUUUGACUAGUAAAGCCGCCCUUGAGGGCUCCAAUGCUCGCUCCUAGCACUCCGAGGGACGGCUAGCGUCGUUAUAGCAACCAGCGAGGGAGAUGUGGGUGUGGUCAAGAUGGCCACGCCCGAUUCCGCUGCAUGCUCGAUGUCGUGUGUUCUGAUUCUGUCAAGAGAAAAAGGGCGGGACUUAGGGCCGGUCGUCUCCCUGGCGACCCGCAGGCUCGCGCACACACAGGACACGCCCCUCCGAAGGAGGACCUGGCUAAGGAUGCUUGGACAUGAAGGACUUGUCAGUGGACAGGAAGUGGAUGCAACUCAGUGGUGCUAGAUCACCUGUAGGUUCUACGGUCCAAGCCAUGAGAGGAGAGAGGAUAGAGGGAGGAGAGAGAGGGAGGAGAGAGAGAGACAACUGCAGAGAACUGAGUGAUAGUUCUACAGAGACUCUCUGGUUUUGUCUACUAGGACGUUUUCUGCCUUUGUUGUCGAACGCUGUGGUUGGCUGCUGGUCAGGCCACGCUCACCAGUCGCCAUGACAAAGACAUGGGGACCAAUACCAGCUAGGUGAGGGACGGUGUCCACCAAUCAUCAACCAGGGACAGACCUCCCCAGCGACUCCCACCUCCCCUCCUCACCCCCCCCUCCCCCCACUCCCUCCCUCCACUACACCCCUCCAACAAGGAUGCAAACACACUCAGACAGCCAAUCACAUGCUGGAGAGCCAAUCACAUGAUCAUAGAGGUGUGGCCACUGAUUGUCACGGUGACCAGACCCAAUCACCAACACCUUCCUAUCAUCCACUGGUCUCCACAGAAACAAACUGGACCUUCUCUUAAUUCAUUUGAUUCUUAUUAUUUUCUCUUCUGUUCUGCAUGGACACACGCUAGGUGACCCGCGGAAAACACGCUUGGUGACGCGUGGAAAGAAAAAAAGUUGAAACCGCAUCUUAAGAGAGAAAAAAAAAUUCUACGAUUUCUAUUAUUUUCUAAGAAGAGAAACCCUAUAGUGCAUGGUUCUCAGGGCGAGUGAAUGCUGUCUGAUGAUCAAGAUGGUGGUGUGUGUCGCUCCCAAUUAAGCCUGUUUACAAGUGUGUCGUUUUACGGACAGUGAGUGUUGAUAGGGCACUGAGAAGAACUGAUAUUGUGUUGAAAGAGAAAGGGGGAGAAAGAGUGAGAGAGGGAGGGAGAUGGAUGCACAGAAGGUUGUGUGUGUGUGCGUGUGUGUGUGUGUGUGUGUGUGUGUGUGUGUUUGUGUCAGAGCUCCUGACUGUUCAGGUCUGCAUGGCCUCCCUCUUCUCUGUCUCCACCACAAACACGCAUGUAAUGAGGCUUCGGCUACACGCCUAGAACACGCCUCCACCCGCAUGUUUAGAUAUGAUGAUGAUGAUGAAGAUGAUGUUUGAGGAGUUUGCAGUUGCCUGUACAGUGCAUGUGAACCUUGCCACGCCCCUCUUCCUCCUCACUGCCCCCACGUUGACACGACAACGAUGCACCGAUGGUGAUGCGGCAGCGUUCGCCAUGGCGACAGAGGUGAGAGGUCAGAAUCCUCCAACUAGACAUUCCACCAACUGGUAACCAUGGUUUCUGUGUGAUUUAAAAAAGAAAACAAGUAUGAAAAUGAAAUAAAAGAGUUUUAUAUUUAUUGAUAAACUUGACAAGGGGAAAAUAAAUGUAUGGUUGCAAGUAUAUUUUAUUUUAAUAUUGUUAUAAAGAAAAAGAUAAAAUGUAAAAAAUGUGUAAAAGAGCUGUUGAGACUGACCCUGCUGAACAGGGAGGGAUGAGAAUGUGACUGGAAAUGGGACAUUGCCACAAA